UUUCCAACUGGAGUUUUUUUCCGGUCAAGUACAUACGAAUUCUAUAUUCGCGUACAUUUAGAGUUACAUACAACCCUAACAUGUAUAACGAUAUAACAUGUUUUAUCUUAUUUUAAAACAACUUUGAAUGUAGCAUACUUAUUCAUUGUUUAAAAAUGUAUAAUAUCGUGUUUAAUUAUAUAUCUACUAGAUCAGACAUGGAACAUUUGUGCAGUAUCUGCUCUUUGGUUUUCAACGUGAUGAUGUCUCUUUGAAACUAUACUCAAAGAAAUUGAGAGAAGAAGUUGCAAAACGUUUAUCUCAUAAAGAUCUAACAUAUAUUGCAAAUUUUUCUAUAAUGGAGAAUAUUACAUCCAGAACUAGUCAUGAAAAUUAUUCAGCAAUAAAGAUAGAAGUUUUAGCCAAAACUAGUAGACAUGAAGAAGAAAAAUCCAUUUACAAAGGAAUAUUAUUAUCUUGGACAACAACACAGAUUCAACCAGACACAAAGAAUUCCACAAGAUUGCCUCUUCUAUUGUGUCAUGGCACACGUAAUUGUAUGAAUGCUGUACAUGUUGUUAUUACUCACAUGUUUGACUGCAUGGUAAUGGCAUUGCCAGUUAAUGAGAACGACCUAAAGUGGCUUAUUCCAAUUAUGAUUAUAUCAGUUAACAAAGAUGAGGAACCUAUAAUUUCUGGUGAGGUUCAUAUGGAAUACACAGUACCAGAAUUACCAGUUACAGAUACCAUUAAAGUCAAAUUUGAUAUCUCAGAGCUAAGGAAAAUAUUAACAAGCAUUGUAGACCAAGAUAACAAUAUGGUUAACACAAUUCUUGACCUUAAACACAUAGAACAGUUCUAUGAUGUUCUACAUAUGCAAAUGUUAACAAUAGGAGGAAUACAAUUGGGACUAUGUACAUUGCAUAGAAUUAAUCUACCUGGAUUAAUGAUAAUGGAAAACAGAAUGAAGAUAACGAAUGUAGAAAUUAUGAAUUGUACUUUGUUAUAUCUAUAUGAGAAAGCCUUUGAUAUGUUUCAUACAUUACAUAUUGACAUAUAAAUGUUUAUCAUGUAUUUUGUUAUUUUGUAAUACAUAUAAUAUCUAUAUU